AUGGCCAGAUCGGACCCAAAACAUUGUCUGGCCAUCAGGUGGGGAACCUCCUUAAUCCCACCUGAUAUGAACACCAUACCGUUUAAUUUCCAGGACCAAAUAAAAAAUGGCGAAAUGACGGCUGAAAGUGAAAGCGGCAUUGGAAAGGGGGAGGGGCGCGUGAACAGGUCCGGAUACUUUUUUUCCACCGGCGCUUCUCGAGAAUCACGGAAUCGCAGUGAGUUUUUACGCGCCCGCACAGAUCCGCCGGGAUCUCCUGGAAGCCAAAGACAAAAGCAGGACGCCUUCUUCAUCUGGAGGAAACCUGCGCGACAAAUCUGGGUCUCGUCGUUCGUUCUCAGAUAUCCGAGAAAGGAGAAAGAGAACUGGAAACCGAAGAGGGAAGAGUAA